CUCAGAGAACGAAAAGAUCCGAAUCUGUCCCAAAAUAUCCAAAUUGGAUUUGGAUGCAAAGAAAGAAGAGAGAAAGAGGUCUCUACCAACAGCCAAUGGAAGUAGUAACAAAAGAACAGGAGUUCAAUGGAUGAUGAGAUGGAGGAGAAGAAGAAGUUCCAAGCAGAGCCUGAAGGCCCUGAACUUUCUCAGCCAUCUUUUCUCGAGGUUUCGUGCAAGAGCUCUGGCAAAAUGAGGCGUUUUGCUGCUGUUACAGAAUCUGGGUUUGCAAUAUUUUUGAUCAACCAUAAAUUGGAACCUAGGAAUCCACACGCUUUGCAUAUUGAAGCUGUUAAAGAUGGCGAAGAACCUGUUUGCUUUGGUAAAAAUGCAAUUCUUAUCAACUAUGGCAAGGGUUGGAGGUUACAAACGGUUAUUGAUGAAAGCAUGCAUAGCAUGUAUAGAAAAGAAUUUCUUGUCUUCAUCCAAUCAAGAUUUGAAGAAAUGAGAGGGUUGAAGUCGGCAAUGAGGCAGAGACCUAGCACAGUUAAUCCUUCUGAAAUUCAAUCUGCAGAGAAGCCUACUGCAAAAUCAAGUAUCCGCGGAAAUUGCAAAUAUUUUGGGAGGAUACUACUUGCUUUUGCCUUCAUCUUUCUUCUUGGGGGAACACUUACUGUUUUUCUGGAAAAGCUACCUGAGUUAAUAUCAUUUGUAAGUUCAGCCAUGUAAGUUCAGAUUUUUUUUCCCUUAGUCAAAUAUAAAAUUACUUUUUGCAGCUCA